AUGUAUACCACCGUAAUGCCGACCACCCCUCCUACCGUCCGCUUUGGCCCUCGCGGCCCCGUUAGUAACGGCCAACAUUGGCCUGGUCAGCAACAUAGGCCUUUGAUCUCCUCGCCUCUUUCAUCCCCUCCCCAUUCGACGGCGACAAUCCCGACAACGUUUGACAGCAGCCCACCGGCUCGCUGGCAGCAGGACCAGAACCAACAAAAUCAGGUAUUCCGUGCGUCGCAGUCAUCUCCGAUCCAACCACCACCGGCACCGAGUUUAUUUGGUGGAAGUGAGCCCCACAACAGCGCCAGUAGAUUCCGCUUUGCGACCCGUCCUGCACGGCUAAACCCCUUGCUCAAGCGGCGCGAGGAUGCCCAGGAGAGUCGGCGGAGGCUGUUUCUGCAGAACGUGAGGCAGCGGGCGGAGGACAAGAGGUGGGAGAUGCGCGGGGGCGAGGAGGAGCUCCUCAAACUAGAAUGGCAGCGGCUCAACCGCGAGCGUCUGCUCGCCGCGCAAGCCGAGGCCUCAGCCUACAUUAUCGACGACCCUGACGCAGUUGAUGCAGAGCUAGAGGCCCUCCAGAGGGAACGCCAAUUCCUCCAGCAACAGAACCCGCAAGGGGAAGACGUAGACGCCAUGAUGGCCGACGACAUUCUUAGACAGGAAGAGGCCGAAGUGGACGAGCUUGUUUCCGCUAUCUGGGAGGGACAACAGGACAGCAACCCUUCCCAAUUCUCGGAUGACGAUGCGGAUUAUGAUAUGCUCUUUAUGGAGAUGCUUGUUCAGGAGGAGCAACGGCUGCGGCAGGGAGGGUCAUCGCAGGAUGUGGAGAUGUUGUAG